ACUGUGGUGUGACGCUGUUCCUGUGAUGGGGAAGACCCGCCAGAGCACGGUGGACCUCAACUCCCCAUCGGACGUGAAGCAGGCGGUGCCAUUUGAGGACCUGGACCACAACAGUGUUCCUGUAGAAGACGAGAAGAAUAAUAAUAUACCAGACAGAGGAGCGUGGAAGGGCAAGUUUGACUUCCUGCUGUCCUGCGUUGGAUAUGCCAUUGGGCUGGGGAAUGUGUGGAGGUUCCCAUAUCUGUGUGGAAAGAAUGGUGGAGGAGCAUUUCUGAUCCCAUAUUUCACUACUCUGGUGUUUGCCGGUAUCCCGCUGUUUCUGCUGGAGACGGCGCUAGGACAGUUUACGUCAGUGGGGGGCCUUGGAGUAUGGAAACUAAUACCCAUGAUGAAAGGUGUGGGUUUGGCCGCUGUGGUUUUGUCCUUCUGGCUUAACAUCUACUACAUCAUCAUCAUUGCGUGGGCUCUCUACUAUCUCUUCAGCUCUUUUAGAGCGGAGCUGCCAUGGCAAACUUGUGAUAACCCUUGGAAUACUGAGCGCUGCUUUUCCAACUACAGUCUAACGGAUACUACCAACCUGACCAGCACGGUUACUGAGUUCUGGGAGAGAAACAUGCAUCAGUUAACAAAUGGUUUGGAGGAGCCAGGGGAAUUGCGCUGGCCACUGGUCGGGACUCUGGCGUUGUCCUGGAUCCUUGUAUAUUUCUCAAUCUGGAAAGGAGUGGAGUGGACAGGGAAGGUGGUGUAUUUCUCAGCUACUUAUCCUUACUUCAUGCUCUUCAUUUUGUUCUUCCGAGGAGUUACACUCCCUGGGGCGAAAGAUGGCAUCCUCUUCUACAUCACCCCUGACUUUAACAAGCUUUUAAAAUCUGAGGUGUGGUUGGAUGCUGCCACUCAAAUCUUCUUCUCAUAUGGUCUGGGUUUAGGUUCGCUCAUUGCUCUGGGCAGCUACAACCCAUACAACAACAAUGUCUACAGAGAUUCAAUCAUCGUGUGCUGUAUUAACUCCUGCACCAGUAUGUUUGCUGGGAUCGUCAUAUUUUCCAUUGUGGGCUUCAUGUCGUACAUUACAAAGAGGCCCAUUGAAGAACUGGCAGCCUCAGGCCCAGGUUUGGCAUUUCUAGCCUAUCCUCAGGCCGUCACCCAGCUGCCCAUGUCUUCACUCUGGGCCAUCCUCUUCUUCUCCAUGCUGAUGAUGCUGGGAUUGGACAGUCAGUUUUGUACAGUGGAAGGCUUCAUAACAGCUCUGAUGGAUGAGUACCCCACAGUCCUGAGGAAGAGGAAGAAACUCUUUAUCCUCAUUGUCUGCAUCAUAUCCUUCAUCAUCGGCUUCUCCAACAUCACACAGGGCGGUUUGUACGUGUUCAAAUUGUUUGACUACUACUCAGCCAGUGGAAUGUGUUUGCUGUUCCUGGUCUUCUUUGAGACAAUCUCCAUUUCCUGGUUUUACGGGGCAGAAAAAUUCUACAGAAAUAUUGAAGACAUGAUUGGUUAUCGGCCGUGUGGCUUUUGGAAACAAUGCUGGAUUUACUUUACUCCAACAAUCUGUUUGGGGGUUUUCACAUUCAGUGCCAUUGAAAUGACUCCUCUGACAUUGGGGAAGUAUGUGUACCCGGCCUGGGGUCAGGGCAUCGGCUGGUUAAUGUCCCUCUCUUCCAUGGUUCUCAUACCCGGAUAUAUCAUCUUUAUGUUCUUCACCUCCAAAGGCAGCAUCCGACAGCGCUGGCACAAGAUGACCAAACCCUCUGAGCUCAAAACCCCAGAUGCCAACGAUCUCACACAACACUCACAAACAGGAAGUAUGAGCGAAGCUUCUGUUUGACAUCAUCUCCUCCUGUGCAAUGGGCAUUAAAGACAGUGACCAGAAGAAAAUUACUAUUCCUCUAUUCCAUCCAUCUUUAUAUGCUGGAGAACAAAAGUACAAAACAGAAUGUACAAAAUGGAAUUAAGUGAACCACACACAUUUAUCUGACACGUUUAUUCCUUCCAUUUCUUUCUACAUCCAUCUCUGAAGUUGCCUUGAGCAUAAUAUUCUCAUAUUCCUGUGUCAUUGAGUGUUGGUAUAAAUCUAGAUGUGAUCCAGGCAGUUUGUAGGCCUUUCAUUGACACUUACAAAGAAGCCCAUGCUGCGUUCCUGCAUUAAAUUCCUCAGAUUUCUGACCUCAGAUACCAAUUGUGGAGUGAGUGUAUGUCUUUAGUGGGAUAGCCUGGUCAAUGUCAACAAAUAUUAUAUUUUAUAGUGGCUUAUUUUGAGAGCCAAAUACUCUGUCUUGUUUUCAACUCAAAUUACAACAGCAAACCAUCAUUACUACUAUAGGCAUACAGGAAAAGAAUGGAUGUUUAUAAGAACAGGAAAGGGGAACACUUUAUUUUUGCUGUAUGAACAUUGCAAGCAUGUACAGUAUGAACGGAGAUAUCAAUACAUAACUGUGACACGUAAUUGUUUUACAAAUCUAUUACUUGACAGCUAAAUAAGCUUACAAGCUCAAAUAAUUCAGUAUAACUCAAAUUUAUGUGCAAGUGGGAGGAGGUUUUUUCCUCCAAUAAAUAUGUAGCACAAAACAUAUUUGGACACUCAAGCCAAACUUAAAAAAGUAUAAAUGUCAAUAUAGUCACACCAAGUGGCAUUUAUUGUAAAGAAAGAUAGCACAUGCAGCCUUUUCUUUUUAACAAAAUAAGACAAUGUUUAGUGGACGGUUAAGUUAGUGAAGCAUGUCUAUAGUUAAUGUGAAGAACGUCUUGGUUACUAUUGUAACCUCUGUUCCCUGAUGGAGGGAACGAGACGUUUUAUCGAUGUAGUGACACUAGG